AGGUCGCCGGCGGAGGCGUCUAUCCCCGGCGGUGCUGGGGCAUUUCCGGACUAAGAUGGCUGCAGUGCGAGUACUGAGGACCUGGAGCCGCGGUGCUGGGCGGCUGAUUUGUGUUCGCUAUUUUCAAACAUGUAGUAAUGUUCAUGUUUUGAAGCCAAAAUAUGUGUGUUUCUUCGGUUAUCCUUCAUUCAAGUAUAGUCAUCCACAUCAAUUGCUGAAAACAACUGCUGCUCUACAUGGACAAGUUGUUCAGUUCAAACUUUCAGACAUUGGAGAAGGGAUUAGAGAAGUAACUGUUAAAGAAUGGUUUGUUAAAGAAGGAGAUACAGUGUCUCAGUUUGAUAGCAUCUGUGAAGUUCAAAGUGAUAAAGCUUCUGUUACUAUUACUAGUCGUUAUGAUGGAGUCAUUAAAAAACUCUAUUAUAAUCUAGAUGAUAUUGCCUAUGUGGGGAAGCCAUUAGUGGACAUAGAAACAGAAGCUUUAAAAGAUUCAGAAGAAGAUGUUGUUGAAACUCCUGCUGUGUCCCACGAUGAACACAUACACCAGGAGAUAAAGGGCCAGAAAACACUGGCAACCCCUGCAGUUCGCCGCCUGGCAAUGGAAAACAAUAUCAAGUUGAGUGAAGUUGUUGGCUCAGGAAGAGAUGGCAGAAUACUUAAAGAAGAUAUUCUCAACUAUUUGGAAAAGCAGACAGGAGCUAUAUUACCUCCUUCACCUAAAGCUGAAAUUAUACCACCACCACCAAAACCAAAAGACAGGACUGUUCCCAUACCAAUAUCAAAGUCUCCACUAUUCACAGGCAAAGAUAUAACGGAACCUGUAAAAGGCUUUCAAAAAGCAAUGGUUAAGACCAUGUCUGCAGCCCUGAAGAUACCUCACUUUGGCUAUUGUGAUGAGGUUGACGUUACUGAACUGGUUAAGCUACGAGAAGAAUUAAAACCUAUUGCUGCAGCUCGUGGAAUUAAACUCUCCUUUAUGCCCUUUUUCUUAAAGGCUGCUUCUUUGGGAUUACUGCAGUUUCCUAUUCUUAAUUCUUCUGUGGAUGAAAACUGCCAGAAUAUAACAUACAAGGCUUCACAUAACAUUGGGAUAGCAAUGGACACCGAACAGGGGUUGAUUGUCCCUAAUGUGAAAAAUGUUCAGAUCCGCUCUGUAUUUGAAAUUGCCACUGAAUUGAACCGCCUCCAGAAAUUGGGCUCUGCCGGUCAGCUCAGCACCAGUGACCUUACCGGAGGAACAUUUACUCUCUCCAACAUUGGAUCAAUUGGUGGCACUUAUACCAAGCCAGUGAUAUUGCCACCUGAAGUAGCCAUUGGGGCCCUUGGAUCAAUUAUGGCCCUUCCCCGAUUUAACCAGAAAGGAGAAGUAUAUAAAGCACAGAUAAUGAAUGUGAGCUGGUCGGCUGAUCACAGAAUUAUUGAUGGUGCUACAAUGUCACGCUUCUCUAAUUUGUGGAAAUCCUACUUAGAAAACCCAGCUUUUAUGCUACUAGAUCUGAAAUGAAGAUGAAUAAGACAUUCUUGAACUUUCUGAGCUUCCAAAGUAUGUAAAGCCUCGCUGUGCCAGCACACAUUCUUCAUCAUAAUUUGUAUUAUAAAUGAUUUGUAUUAUAUGAUCAAGGUUCUAAGGCACAAUAUUUAUCGAUAUUAUGUUAACUGUUUAAUGAAAAUGAGUAAUAGUGUAAUAGGUCUCCUGGGGCUGUCACAUUUUAUAGGUCAGAGUGGGACUUCUUAAUAUGGUGCUGAGGUCUGUGUGUCAGUGGAUUGAAACUGACAAGAAAACAAAAGCAAUGUUACUAACAGGCAAGUAGCCGUAUACACACAGCGUUUGCUUCUUCCUUCCUUCCUUUCUUUCUUAACUAAUUCUUAAUGAAACUUUAUACUUAAUUGGGGAAAGGAAUUUGUAUACCACAACAUUUUCCAUUUCCCUAUAAUCAUGCUUAUCGAUAUAUAAGUGCAAUUAUACUUCUUUUAAGAUAUUUGAGUAUAUAUAUAUACUCUUGCUCUGUGUAGAGAGAAUCAUGUAUGAAUGCCUUAUUUAUAUAAAUUAACAUCUUUUAAAAGGGGAAAUUAUAGCCUAAUCUUAAUGAUAGUUUUAUAAUCAGUAAGGCUGUUAAAGGUUUAAAGUAGAUAUACUUUGGCAUUUAGUUGGGAAGAAACUUCACUUUCAACAACUUACUUCAUGUGAGGAAAGUACUUUAAAUGUUGCAGCUGCUGAUUUUUUUUUUUUUAAUUCAAAAGCCUGCUGCCUUUUAAUUUUCUUGAUUUUUAGCUACAAAUAGAUUAAGAAAAGAAAAAAGUGUCUAUUCCAUCCUCCAUAUCCUGAGUAGGAACAUGAAUAAAAGGAGAGAAGAGUCUGAUGAGUAAUUAUGAACAUAAAAAUAAAAUAAUGAAAUUUAUUCAGAAAGGAAGGCUUCAUAAUGAUUAUUUUGUUAAAGGUUCACUUUAAUCAGAAACAUCAAGAUGAAUGUAAUCUAGCAUUGGGAAUUGAAUUCAGAAAUCUGAGUUGUUUCUGAUAUUGUUCAAUUGAAUACUGUAUGCCAAAAUUCAUUGUUCAUGUGAAGUUUUGCGGCAGAAAAAGAUCAUUUUAAUGUCUACUUUUUUUAUAAAUGGGAAUAGUUUUUAAGUCAAAAUAAUAAAUUAAAUAAAUGCUGUUAUUUUAAAAAUUCAGAUAAUAUGGAAGUUACAAACAAAAUAAGA